AUGCGCGCUGAGCUGCCUGUGUUGUCUUUCCUCCCUGUGCUGCUCUUCAUGCUCGUUCUCCCGGGACAGCUCAAGUCGACGUCUAUCCCCGCCAUAUCAAUCUUUUCCUGGCUUAUCAUCUGUAAUAUCAUUCACGGAACCAAUUCCAUCCUAUGGGCGGGAAACGUCGACAUACACGUUCCAGUCUGGUGCGACAUCGUCACCAAAGUUAUUCUGGGUGGAAUGGUCGCCGUUCCCGGCGCGUUUUUGUGUAUCGCACGGCGACUCGACUUCGCCUCGUCCAAGCAAACGACGAUAUCGAAAACUCGACACACUAUUUUUGAAGCGCUUAUUUGUAUCGCUCUCCCCAUCGUGUACAUGGCGUUGCGUACGUGCUUGUUCUGUGCUCAAUGUGAUAGAACCGUGAUGGUAAGAUGGGCGCUGACUGUGAAUUGA